UGCCUGAUUAAAAAGUCCUAAAUUUUGCUCUGAAAGUAUUGCUCGGGUUGACACAUUAGAGUUGCUUGAUAUUAAACCGAUAAACCGUCCAGAAUAUAUUCCAAUACUUUAUUAAUAGUAUCUGGGCCUUAUUCAUUUGAUUUGUCGAAAUGUACUCGUGACUCGUUGUGUUUACGUGUGCAUACUUCUGCAGGCGGCUCCUCAGCAACUCUAUUCUGCCAUAUUGGCACCAAGUCAUAUUCUUGGCACAGUCAACCGGAGUUAGCAGCUGAGAUGAUCCACAGCCUGUUCCUGAUUAAUCACUCGGGAGACAUCUUCCUGGAGAAACACUGGAAGAGUGUCAUCAGCCGGAGUGUGUGUGAUUACUUUUUCGAGGUGAAGGAGAAGGCAGUGGACCCGGAGAAUGUGCCCCCUGUCCUGCAGACCCCACACCACUAUCUCAUCUCCAUAUACAGGGACAAGCUCUUCUUCCUGUCUGUCAUCCAGACUGAAGUCCCUCCACUGUUUGUCAUUGAGUUCCUGCACAGAGUGGCAGACACAAUUCAGGACUACUUUGGAGAGUGCUCAGAAGGUAUAAUAAAGGACAAUGUGGUGACAGUGUACGAGCUGUUGGAAGAGAUGUUGGACAAUGGGUUUCCAUUAGCGACGGAGUCCAAUGUCCUCAAAGAGAUGAUCAGGCCUCCCACCAUCCUGCGAUCAGUUGUCAAUACGCUCACAGGAGGUAGUAACGUUGGAGAUACGUUGCCAACAGGUCAAUUGUCCAAUAUCCCAUGGAGGCGGGCUGGUGUUAAAUACACUAAUAAUGAGGCAUAUUUUGAUGUGAUAGAGGAAAUAGAUGUGAUUCUGGACAAAUCAGGUACGACAGUAUUUGCAGAGAUCCAGGGUGUAAUUGAAGCCUGUGUGAAGCUCACUGGGAUGCCUGACCUGACUCUGUCCUUUAUGAAUCCUCGUCUUCUCGACGACGUGAGUUUCCACCCGUGUGUGCGGUUUAAGCGCUGGGAGUCGGAGCGUGUCCUCUCCUUCAUCCCGCCAGACGGAAACUUCACACUCAUGAACUACCAUGUCAGCUCUCAAAAUCUCGUGGCCAUUCCAGUGUACGUGAAGCAGAACAUCAGUUUCUUUGAGACGGGACCUUGUGGUCGCCUAGACAUCACAAUCGGACCCAAGCAGACCAUGGGGAAGACGGUGGAGGCCUUGAUGGUCACUAUCCACAUGCCUAAAGCUGUGCUCAGUGUCAACCUCACAGCCACACAGGGAAACUACACCUACGACCUUGCUACCAAGGUGUUGGUUUGGGACAUAGGGAAACUGAACCCCCAGAAGCUUCCUAACUUGCGAGGCAGUCUGAGUAUGCAGGCAGGAGCCCCCAAACCUGAAGAUAACCCCUCACUCAACAUUGACCUGAAGAUUCAGCAGCUGGCCAUUUCAGGUCUUAAGGUGAAUCGUCUUGACAUGUACGGAGAGAAGUACAAGCCGUUUAAAGGGGUCAAAUAUGUGACUAAAGCGGGGAAAUUCCAAGUGCGAACCUGAGAGAUGACUGUCAAACCCAAAGGUCAACAAUCCAAUGUGCCAAAUAGGGGGCAAGGUUACCUCCCCCCUGAAUCAGCUCUCCAAUAAGUCUUACAUAUGCUCUGGCUCAUUGUUGUUAAUGAACAGUUUUGUAUUCUAACAGUUAUUUAUUAUAUGUUUGGCAUUACAUAUAUAUGACUGGAUGUAUUUGUGACCCAUAAAGGGAAGCCUUAAUAAUUGAAGUACUAUUAGUUUAUAUCCAGUUUAAAUGUGCUGCAUUGUAUGGACCAUUCCUCUUUCCUUUUGGACUAUUUCUGAAUAUUUUUUUCCUGUCUAAUGCCUUCUGAGUGUUGCCUAAGGGGAAUAUUUCGUUUUGAAAAGAGACACUCGCAGCUCACCACCUUGCUCCUCACUACUUCAACACACCUAUACAAUCUUAAUUGCAUGUUGCCUGAUAGUAAGCAGCCCUGCCUUUGAAAACCUUUUUACAUAGUAUAAGGUAGCAAAUUUUAUAGUUAUAUAUAUAUAUAUAUAUAUAUAUAUAUAAAUAUGUUUAUUUUUGAAAAAUAUAAUGUUGUGUCUACUUCAGAGUAGCUGCAGUGUGUCUUGAGGCAGGUAUUUUUGCACACAUUUGCUCAUUUGUAAUGGUAAGUUAAGGUGCUUUUAUAGCACACUACAGCACAAAUUGCAUUUUUGAAGGCCUGAGUGAGGUAUAUCUUAAAAAUAUAUCUUGUAUAUCUAAGGUACAUAGUUUGACUUGGGGGGGGUGUACAACUAUCUGAAGAGGCCUAGAUACGAGCUAGUGAUUCAGGCAGUCUUUUGGGAACAGUGUAAAAAGCACUCAGAAACCUACAAGAUGCUCGCAUAAUCUUGAAUGCAACUUCUUAACUCAGCACAGCAUUUGCACAAUCAAUUGUCCACUUGGAAAAUACUACUUAAAGCUCCUGUAUGUAGUUGAAUCUGUAUUUCAGUGUAUAAGAUGUCAAUAAAUGCUUUAAAAUUC